AUGGACGGAGGAGGAUCUUCCAUUAAGUAUUUGACUGAUCAAAAUAAUACAGCACAAUUGGCAGAACAAUUUAAUGAUUUUUAUUUAUCAAUUACAUCACCAAAGAUAAGUCAAGUUGGGAAUUAUAGAAUUAUUGAAGAAAUUGGGGGAGGUACAUUUGGGAAAGUUUAUUUAGCAAAACAUGUACUAUUAAAUAUAGAUGUUGUUUUGAAAUGUGGACUACUAGAUGAUCCAAAUAUUGUGAGAGAAAUAUAUUACCACAAGCAAUUAAAACAUAAAAAUAUUGUUAGUGUUUAUGAAGUAAUUAAAACUGAAAAUCAUCUUUGGAUUGCAAUGGAAUAUUGUGAAGGUGGAGAAUUGUACUACUUAAUAUAUGAAAAAAAAAGAUUAACUCUAAAAGAAUGUCAAACUUUAUUUUUUCAAAUAGUAAUUGGAGUUCAGCAAGUACAUUUAAUGAAUUUAAGUCAUAGAGAUCUAAAAUUGGAGAAUAUAUUGUUAGCAGAUAGUAGGAAAACUAUAGUUAAAUUAACAGAUUUUGGAAUGAUUAGAGAAUACAAUCCACAAUCUAGGAAAUUCCUAUCAACAAUUUGUGGAACUCCAGUUUAUAUGGCACCAGAAUUAAUAAGUGGUCAAAAAUACUCAGGUUUUGCAAUAGACAUUUGGUCAUUAGGUAUUAUACUAUAUACAAUGUUGUAUGGUCAAUUACCGUUCGAUGAUGAAGAUGAAAUGAAAAUAAAAAUAAAAAUUGUACACGAUAAACCUGAAUUAAGUGAAAUGGUACCCGCUGAUGUUAAUCUGUUAAUAUCGAAAAUGUUAAACAAAGAUCCAAUUAAACGACCAAGUAUUGGAGAGAUUUUAAACGCACCAUUUUUGAUUGAUUUAUACAAUAAGCACCUAGAAAGAACUCAAAGAAGGGCACAUGGUGACGCAGAAUCAAUCAUUUCAAUCAAUCAACAUUACAACUGUGUAAAUAAACCAUUCACCACAAGAAUCGAGAGAGAAUUACUUCGGAAAUUACAAAAACUUGAUAUAGAUAUUGAUGAACUUCAAGCUAGCGUUUACAAUAAUGAAAUGAAUUCAUUGACUGCAUUUUAUGAGUUACUUUUGACACAAGAGUUCUCCAAAAAGAAGAAGAAAUAUAUAAGAGACAAAAAGAGAAAAUAUUAUGAAGCCAAAAGCUCGUUGAGAAAAUCAAGGAAACGAGUUAAAAGUGCACUUUCAUUAUCCGACCAAUCUACAGGAUCUCAACCAUUAGAAAGAAUUAUAUCAUCAUUAAGUUUAGCAUCAAAUAAAAAUUCAAGUAAAACCAAUUUAGCAAGAUUGUCAACAUACUCAAGAAAAUCAGGAGAACUACCAAAUCUGCCCAAAUCACCAUCAGUUAAAGGGUUUAAUACCGAUCAAACAAAUAACGUGAAUACAACUACAGACUUACAACGAGAUCUGGCAGUUUCUCCUACUGCAACCAAAAUUGAUACUCCAUUGCAUCGCACAGUUUCAUUUGUACCAGAUGAGAGAAGACUAUCUAAUGUUUCGUCUCAAAGAGACUCCAUAAAAAAGUUAAAUAAAAGUAAUAAACUUUUUAAUAAAUUACAAUUUUGGAAAAAAAAUAAGUGCGAAGAUGAGUUUGAGAAAGAUGAUGAUAUUGUACUGUAUUCUAAUGAAAAAUCAGAUAUGGAGAUAGAAUCAAGAGACGAAGGUUUAGAAAUUAAUGUUCAACCAAGUCCUGAAAAAAUUGCUCAGAAUCAAAUUCAUCAUUCAAAUAAUGAUACCAACGGCCCUUCAAUUAUAGUUCAAGAACCUAGUUUGGAACCAAAGCCAGAAAAUAUAUUUUUAGGAAACCCAGUAGCAAUAUCAAAUUCUUUAGAGUCUCCAAGAACACCUCCAUCUGCAGAAGGAAGAAGUUUUGCAAGAACCAGACCAUCUUCCAUGAUUUCACAAUUCAGUCAACUCAGUAGACUAAGUCAAAUGUCAACCAUGUUAUCAGAGUCAGAAUUAGAUAUAUUAGACGAGACAGAUACAUUAGAUGAUGAUUACGAAGAAGAUGAAGCAUAUGAAUCAAGUUUAAAUAUAUCACAAGCAGAAAAUAGACCAAGCUUAUCUAACAGGGUACCUAUGAAGAAAAGACCAAGUUAUAAAAGAACUUUAUCAUCGGAUUUAUCUAUACAAUCUGCAUCUACUAGUGGUAUACCUGCAAAUAUUAGAAAGAAACUGUCAAUGUCUAAGUUGCAUAGUAAUUCUUCUGCCGAAGAUGGACCAGAUGAUAUGAAGAAUGAUGAGAACAUGCCUAUUGGUGUUGAUCGAGAGAAGAAUAAGUUGAAACUCUUAUCUUCUGACGCAACGAACCUUAAGUUAAACAACAUAAGCAAUGGCCACGACCACGAGAAUUUACCAUUCCACCGUUCACCAUCUCCUCCAGUGUCAUUUAAAUUCAACAACAAACCACCGUCAAAAGAUCAAAAAGUGACUAAAAAAUUAAUAUCUCCAUCUUUUACUAGUGGUAAUAACAAUCUACCUAAAAGUUAUCAAGAUACAAAACAAGUCAAUGAUUGGAUUAAUAAUUCACAAAGAAUUAAUGGAGGUGUAAGUGGCUAUAACAAUAAAGUCAUGUAUGGAUCAGUAAUUAAUGAAGAAGAAGAAGGUGAUGAAUCAUGA